AUGGAAUCCAACUUCACUACAAAAGAUGUCUACCUGAACCACUUCAAUCCUCGAACUUAUCUGCAAACUUAUUAUACCUUCGGACCUGGUCCUUCUAACGAAAGCCAGAUUCUGAUGCAUAUCCUGAAAAAACUGUCAGAGACAUUCUCUUCAGGCAGGGUGAAAGGAGAUCUCCUGAUUGACAUUGGCACUGGCCCCACCAUCUACCAGCUCCUGUCUGCCUGUGAGUCUUUUAAAGAGAUUGUGGCCUCUGACUACUCUGACCACAACCGAGAGGAAUUCAACCACUGGCUAAAGAAGGAGCCAGAGGCAUUUGACUGGUCUUCUGUGGUGAAGUAUGUGUGUGAACUGGAAGGAGACAGAGAGAAGUGGACUGAGAAGGAGGAGAAGUUAAGAAAGAGGGUAAAGCAGGUCCUGAAGUGUGAUAUAACCCAAAGUCAGCCGCUGGACCCUGUUUCUCUUCCUCAGGCUGAUUGCCUACUCGUCACAUACUGCCUGGAAUCUGCCUGCAAAGACCUCCCCACCUACGAUCAGGCCCUGAAGAACCUCAGCAGCCUACUGAAACCUGGGGGGUUCUUGGUGAUUCUUUCUGCUCUUAAAUGCAGCUACUACAUGGUUGGUGACCAGAGGUUUUCUAAUCUCUUCCUUACUCAGGAGGAAAUCAAGGCUGCCAUAGAGAAAGCUGGUUUCAUUAGUGAACAGUCUGAAAUCAUCCCUGAGCUUUAUUCCAGGGCCUACACAGAUAAUGAAGGGGCCCUCUACUCAGUGGGGAGGAAGCCAAAUAAAUAA